AUGUUCCUAGCCUGCCUGAGGUUUCGGGCUGUGGCCACACAGACUGUUCUUUAUUUUAUAUUUAAAAAGGGGAAAAAAGAAACGAAUGAAAAACCCACUUUUUCUUUGCUUCGGAUUUACAGGAAAGAAAUGCAGGGCUUAUGUUUGGUGGGGAGGGGGGUGUUUAUCAUGUACUGUAUUUAUUUAUUCCCUUUCCGCUUGGAAUGCAAAAGUGCUGCCCAUGGGGUUGUCUGGCAGCCCCCCAUCCAGACCUUGGGCAGAGCCAGGUCUGCUCAUCUGCCUUCAAACCAUACAUAUCCUGGGACCAUAAAGUAUCUACAAGAAAACAGAGGCACCAAGUUGCCCCCAAGAUUGAGGGGGCCUAGCAUGCAUGGCUCCCCUAGAUUUGGCAUGCCUGCAAGGAAAACUCGGGAGGGGGGCACAGCGGUUAUCACCUUCAGAGCCACCCUUCUUUCAAGAAGAUUAUUCAGAAGCAUUCUUCAAAAAAAGGAGCUUUCAAGGUAG